UCUUAUACCCUCCAUUGCUUGUGGAAAAUAAUCAGAAACUCCAAGAAGAAACUAAAAAUCAUCUAUAAUCACAAUCCAGUGAAGAUCACUGUGAACAUUUAGGUGGCCAUCAAAGUCAUUGAUAAGAAGAGAGCCAAAAAGGACACCUAUGUCACCAAAAAUCUGCGGCGGGAAGGGCAGAUCCAGCAGAUGAUCCGUCACCCCAACAUCACACAGCUCCUUGAUAUCUUAGAGACGGAAAACAGCUAUUACCUGGUCAUGGAGCUGUGCCCUGGGGGCAACUUGAUGCACAAGAUCUACGAGAAGAAGCGGCUGGAGGAGUCCGAGGCCCGCAGAUACAUCCGGCAGCUCAUCUCCGCAGUGGAGCACCUGCACCGGGUUGGGGUGGUCCACAGAGACUUGAAGAUAGAAAAUUUGCUCCUAGAUGAAGACAAUAAUAUCAAGCUGAUUGACUUUGGCUUGAGCAACUGUGCAGGGAUCCUGGGUUAUUCGGACACCUUCAGCACUCAGUGUGGCAGCCCCGCCUACGCCGCGCCUGAACUGCUCGCCAGGAAGAAAUACGGCCCCAAAAUUGACGUCUGGUCCAUAGGUGUGAACUUGUAUGCCAUGUUGACUGGGACCCUGCCUUUCACAGUGGAGCCUUUCAGCCUGAGGGCUUUGUACCAGAAGAUGGUGGACAAAGAGAUGAACCCCCUCCCAACCCAGCUGUCCACAGGGUAUUCAGUCCAUAGUCACCUGGCAGAAGGGCUUGCGUUGGAGGAAGCUGUUCAUCCCUGGAAGCCAGGCAGCAGGAGAGAAGGGGCCAUCAACUUUCUCCGCUCCCUGCUGGAACCGGAUCCUGUGAAGAGGCCAAAUAUUCAGCAAGCCCUGGCAAAUCGCUGGCUCAAUGAGAAUUACACAGGCAAAGUGCCCUGUAACAUCACCUAUCCCAACAGGAUUUCCCUGGAGGACCUGAGCCCGAGUGUGGUGCUACACAUGACUGAGAAGCUGGGCUUCAAGAACAGUGAUGUGAUCAACACGGUGCUCUCCAACCGCGCCUGCCACACCCUCGCCAUCUACUUCCUCUUAAACAAGAAACUCGAGCGCUACCUGUCAGGGAAAUCUGACAUCCAGGACAGUGUCUGCUACAAGAACCAGCUCUACCAGAUGGAAAAGUGCAGGGCCACCAAGGAGCCCUAUGAGGCCUCCCUGGACACCUGGACAAGAGACUUUGAAUUCCACGCUGUGCAGGACAAAAAGCCCAAAGAACAAGAGAAAAAAGGGGAUUUUCUUCAUCGGCCGUUUUCCAAGAAGCUGGACAAGAACUUGCCCUCACACAAGCAGCCCUCCUCGGCCUCACUCAUCACACAGAUCCAGAACACCAAAGCCCUGCUGAGGGACCGGAAGGCCUCCAAGUCCAGCUUCCCCGACAAAGAUUCCUUCGGCUGCCGCAGUAUUUUCCGCAAGGCCUCCAAUUCCAAUUGUGUGGCCUCUUCUUCCAUGGAAUUCAUCCCCAUCCCGCCUCCCAGGACCCCUAGGACCCUAAAGAAACAGGACUCCCAUCAGCAAGGGCCUGGGAUCACCAGCAUCCCCCCCAGGGAAGACCCCCUGAUGCUAGACUUGGUGCGCUCCUUCGAGUCUGCCGAUCGUGAGGACCACAUAGAACUCCUGUCCCCGUCCCAUCGCUAUAGGAUCCUGAACUCACCAGUGAGCUUGGCUCACAGGAAUUCCAAUGAGCGGAUACUGUCCCCAGGGCUGCUGACUGGAAGCACAUCACCUCUCCAAACUCCUUUGCACCCCACUCUGGUCUCUUUUGCUCACGAAGAUAAGAACAGCCCCCCAAAAGAGGAGGGAGUGUGCUCUCCACCUCCAGUUCCCAGCAAUGGCCCCUCACAGCCUCUUGGGAGCCCCAACUGUGUGAAGAGCCGGGGGAGGUUCCCCAUGAUGGGCAUCGGACAGAUGCUUCGAAAGCGCCACCAGAGCCUGCAGCCCUCGGUGGAGAGGCCCCCGGAGGCCAGCAUGCCCCGUUGCAGCCCGCAGCCCCCAGCAGCCUCUCCUUUGACCUGGCUGAUGGGCCCAAGGGCCAGUGUUAACCUGGACCAGCGAGAUUCUGGAUCUCUGUGAGAAAAGCAAUGGAACAGAGCUCCGCACAUCUAUCAGGGUGUGAACAAAGACCUCUUCUACACCUGUUGUGCAACCUCCCAACCAUGGGGCAGUCCAAAUCCACACACCCAAAGCCUGCACAGCCCAACCUCACCUAGGGACUCCUGAGAUGCUGGAAAUCCCCAGAAGGCCUGGUUGCCGGGGCAGCCACUUCGGUUUCAGACCGUCCUUUCUCCCACCCACUCCUCCACUCUUCUUCUGUCUCCCACUGCUGGGCUCAAGGCUGAAAACCAGGCAGCCGACGAGACUGAUCCCGACCGUGACAGCUGUUUCUUUACUUUCUGCUGUGCGCAAGCUUCUCAGCGACCACUUUCUGUUCAGCAGUGGGUCCGAGCCUCAGAGGGACCAGCAGCACCCAAGGUCUGUUCACCGAGGCCGUGUAGCUGAUGGCUUUGGAGUGAAGCUGCCUUUUUCUUGGUAACUAACAGCGAAUCUCUGCAGCUGACCCGGAGUGCUGGAUUCCAGGAACCUGAAAAACGUGGAGCAGAUCCUCAGACUAAAGAUGGAACAGUCUGGACCUUGAUGGAAGAGAACAGCUAAA